UGGUAUGGGCUGUGAUUGUACCCUCAGGUCCCUCAUAUGAUUGAAGCUGAUGUCAUCAUGAGAGAUUAUGAUCCCAUGGAGCCAAUCAUGGCUCACCCCCCUGACACAGAUAGUGACAUCACACUGAAAGAGUGGCUAGAGAAAGUGAAGAUAAACAGCAAAGGAAUAAAACUGGACUUUAAGAGCUUGGAGGCUGUGUCUCCAUCCCUGACUCUACUGGAGGACCUGUUGACUGAGCCAGACCGUCCACUGUGGAUCAAUGCAGACGUCCUCAGUGGACCCAGUGGACGAACCGCACCUUUGGACUUCCAGGCUUUCCUCUCUCUUGUUUCAGGUCUUCCUGCUCAGACUGUGCUGUCUCUUGGCUGGACAACAGGAUGGACUGUGGGAACUAAUAACCCAGGUUACAGCUGGGACAUGGUGCAUGCCAUGGAGGAGAAGAGCAGAGAUCUGAAACAUCCUGUCACCUUCCCGGUUCGUGCUGCGCUGCUGGCUCAGUCCUUCUCCCAGCUAUCAUGGCUGCUGCAACAGUCAGACAGGUACACGCUUACAGUGUGGACAGGCCAACAUGAUGAAUUUGCUCCUCAGGACUUAAAGCUUUACAGAAAACAUUUUGAUGUGAGCAGAAUCUAUUAUGACCUGCCGAACUCUCAAACAGCAGAACUCUUGGUGAUGUCAUGACUGAAGACGACCAACUGCCGUUUCCUAAACCUCACAACAGACUGCCUGCUGCUCAGUACAGAUUGGGAGAGGGAAGAUAAAUUUGUCUUUGCUCACAUUAUAUGAAAUAAAAAUUACAGAUGUCACUGUAGUUUUGAAGGGCAAUCUACAAAAGAAGCAUUAUUAAACUCGUUACACAAGGAGCUGUCGGCCACAAUGUAAUCCCUUUUUGCUCUGGAAAAGGUAAUCCACCUAAACUGGAUGCUUUUCAUUCAAACUUUAAAAUGAAACAAAGUUUCCUGGAGCACAAAGGAAGAACUAUUGCUGCUUAUACUGGCUGCAUUCCUAUAACUGACAUGAAGAUGCUCCUCUUAUUCUAAGCAUAAGUUUUUCCUAAGCACUAACUCGCCCACUACAUCUGCUGAGUAAUUUGGGGUUUUUUUGUUCUGAGUUGGGAAAAAUUCACAUUACAUUUAAUGUUGUGUCAUGUUUCAUCAUAUAAUGUACUUUGAAAUUCCUUGUUGCUGAAACGUACUGUACAAAUAAAUGUUACUGAUAUGGAUGACAUCUGUAAAACUGUUUAUCCUAAACUUUUUUUAUUCUUGUGAAUAAAACUUUUUUGAAUAGUU